GUUUAGAUAAUAAGAAAAACGAAAGAAAUGAGUGGAUAAUAAAACCACUGAAUCUGCUUGCUUCAGUUGGAAGCAUUAAGAGACAGAACAGCAAUGGCUUCUUCCUCUUCUAUCUCAUUCUCAUGCGCGCCUUCACUUGUCUCCACGAAAUCAACCAACCAUUCUCCUACACGGACGCUGCUAUCCUCUCGGUUUCUUGGAACCCGAAACUUAAAACAUCGUAUCCGACCCGCCAGACUCGGACCCUCAAACGGGUCAAGAACCACUUGCUGGUUCAAGUUCGGCAAGAACGGCGUCGAUGCCGAAAGUGCCGGAAUCUACGGCAGUCAGUCUCGUGAUGACUUCGACAAAGACGACGUUGAACAGUAUUUCAAUUAUAUGGGGAUGCUUGCGGUAGAAGGCACCUAUUCAAAGAUGGAAGCCCUUCUUAACCUAAACAUUCACCCAGUCGAUAUUCUAUUGAUGUUAGCCGCCACGGAAGGUGACAAACCUAAGAUCGAGGAGCUGCUCAGAGCUGGUGCUAGUUACACGGUCAAAGAUGCCGAUGGAAGAACCGCUCUCGACAGAGCCAACAGUGAAGAGAUCCGUGACUUGAUCCUUGGCUACUCCACUCAGAAGGCUUGAGUUCCAUCUUCAGUUUGAAGUUUGAACACUUGGAACUGCGCAAGUUUUGUUAUGUGCUAGAACAAACUGUCUUUAUAGUUAUAACCCUUUUGUC